CAUUUACAUUACAAUUUAGAUUCCAUCAUUUCUUGCUCCUAAUUAAUCUUUCCAAAACUUCAUUAAUCUCUCCAACUGGAAAAAUCAUCAUGGGUGUCCUUGGAACAAUAGUAAGACAUUUAGACACAACAAUAGGGCCAGGAGUAAUGCUUCUUUAUCCUUUAUACGCAUCAAUGAGGGCAAUUGAAAGUCCUUCAACCUUAGAUGACCAACAAUGGCUAACGUAUUGGGUUUUAUACUCUCUCAUAACCCUCUUUGAGCUUUCCACUUAUAAGAUCCUAUCUUGGUUUCCAAUUUGGCCAUACAUGAAGCUUGUGUUUUGCGUAUGGUUGGUACUGCCAAUGUUCAAUGGAGCAGCUUACAUAUAUGAGAAUUAUGUGAGGAGAUAUGUCAAGAAUUUUGGUAACCAUGGAGGUUCCAAUAAUUAUAAUUAUCCUGAGGAGUACAAAAAGGUCCUUCAUAUGAUGACCUUCGAUGCAAGAAAAGCAGUUGAACGUUAUAUCGAUAGAUUUGGUCCAGAUGCAUUUGAGAGAGUGAUUAGAGCGGCUGAGAAAGAAGCAAAGAAGCAUUGAGUGUGUCAAUUUAACCAAGUUGGCAUGGGAAGAAAGUAAACAUGUUACAAUUAAUAUAUAUUUCUGUUUAUACUUUAUAAACUCUCUAGCAUGUAGAAGCUGAUCAAGUUUCAGAAUUAUUAUAGAAAAACCAUAGCAAUCUUAUUAUCUAUUAUCAAUACAUCAAGUUUUAUUUGUACCUUAUUACUAUUACUAUAUUUAUUACUCUUGUUUAAUUGGAAUGGGUGAUAUGAUGUACUA